UUCUUAGACGGACUUUAUGCAGUUCUUGAGUGAAGAACCGGGUUGUUUGCAGUAUUUCCCAGCAGUAGUGUAAUAAGGUGAUGGAGCUUGAGCCACUAAAGGAGAUUGCUGGGGCCAAAGGAAAAACUGUUGCCAGGUCAGGUGCUUCUUGUUCUUUGAGUCUCUUGGCACCAAUCAUAAAGAUUUGAUCUCAAAUCUAGACUCAUGGAGGAGCAAGAAGAGUAUUGGGAGAUAACUGAUGCAUAUUUGGUAGUGACAACAGAUUUGCCUCAGAUGGGCGUAUGAACAAGGAGUGUGUGUACUUGCCAAGAGCUUCAACAAGGAGAAGAUGAAAGAGAACCUCGAGAUUUUUGACUGGGAAUUGACAGAGGAAGAGCUGAGGAAGAUCUGCGAGAUCCCACAGAGCAGAGGAUAUGGCCUUGCUGGACAUUUGAGGAGCUCUGGGAUGGUGAAUUUUGAGAUGCAGAGGGAACUGAUGGAUGCUUCUUCCAGCUAGGUCCUGUAUGUGCCAAACUCUUUUGUUAAGCAAGUAGGAAGAAAUUAGCGAAUCUGAAUCCAAAUAGCAGGAUUCUUUUCAGUAGAAGAGUCCUAAUAAAGCUUUUAUUGGUGCUCACUUGGAAAGGCACAGAAUUUUCAGUACAUUUCGAAUACAACUACAUAAAGUACCUUGAAAGUUCUACCAAAAUAGGUCUUCAACCUGCAAGGCUUUUCCAAAUUGCUUGUAUAAUUAACAGGAACCAUGACAGACUGCUAUUCAAUGCACCAAGAAGAAUUCCACUCGGAGCAACACAGUUUACUUGCUAAAAUGGAUUGCAAAAGUCACAGUCGAUUUCAGCAACUUGAAGAUAACAUUCUCGUGUAACUUCUGAAACUCUUGUCAUAUAAAAUUAUACCAUACCUUCUGACAAUAGGAGAGAUUUCAUACAAGCACAACGUCUGUCAGACUUCACAGAAAAUGAACUGUACAUGUGGUAUAUUGCAUUGUUGGUAGAGAAAAACAAACGAAGAUAAUACGUGAGCAAGUUUCUCUGAAUUCUUUCUCCUGAUACGUGAGUCCUGGAGUUUUUAAUACAAGGAAUCUCACCAAAUUCAAACUUUCGAGUUCCUUGCUCCUCCUUUUUAAUCCACAUACUGUAGCGUAGUUUUAUAAUACAGGGUUCUUAUUAUAUGCCUAGCAUAUAGAAUAUACCCUUUGACACACAGACCGAGACAUUUUCUAUCAUGCGAGUGGUUGCUCCAUCACACUCGGUCUCAAAAAGAUUACCAAGUCAACAGUUCCCUGCAUCAUCUGCUAUCUUCUGCAUAAUCCAAGAUGAAAAACCAAUCUGACCUCACUCCAGCUUACAAUCCAGUAGCGGUAUUGAAGUCCGGUGGCCGGAAAAUCCCACUCUUGGGUUUCGGAACAGCAGCGUUUCCGAAAGUGGAUCGUGAAGUUGUGAAGACGGCGGUUCUUGAAGCAAUUAAGCUGGGUUACAGACAUUUUGACACUGCAACUCUCUACUACACAGAGGAACCAAUUGGAGAAGCCAUCGCUGAAGCAGUGUCGCAAGGGCUGAUAAAAUCAAGAGAAGAUCUCUUCAUCACCACCAAGCUCUGGUGCAGUGAUGCUCAUCCUGGGCUUGUCCUCCCAGCCCUCAAGAAUAGCCUCAAAAAUAUCAAGUUGGAUUACAUAGAUCUCUAUCUUAUCCACUGGCCUGUGAGUGCAAAACCCGGAACCUACGAGUUCCCAAUGAAGAAAGAAGAUUUUACGCCCAUGGACUUCAAGGCAGUUUGGGCGGAUAUGGAGGAGUGCCAGAGAAAAGGACUCACAAGAAGCAUUGGGGUCAGCAAUUUCUCUAGUAAAAAGCUCUCUUUCAUCCUGGCCAAUGCACAGAUACCCCCUGAUGUCAACCAGGUAGAGUUCAAUCCACUGUGGCAGCAAAAGAAGCUUCGGGAGUUCUGCGAGGCCAAUGGGGUUCUGCUCACUGCUUACUCUGUUUUAGGAGCUUCAGUAAGCAAUGGAGGAAGCAGUAAGGUGAUGGAGUGUGAGCAGCUGAAGGAGAUCGCUAGGGCCAAAGGGAAAACUGUUGCCCAGAUUUGCCUCAGAUGGGCAUAUGAACAAAGAGUUUGUGUACUCGCCAAGAGCUUCAACAAGGAGAGGAUGAAAGAGAACCUUGAGAUUUUCGACUGGGAAUUGACGGAGGAAGAAUUGAGGAAGAUCGACGAGAUCCCACAGAGCAGAGGAUAUCUUGGAGAAGAUUACAUCUCCGAGCACAGGCCUUACCAGACAUUUGCGGAGCUCUGGGAUGGUGAAUUGUGAGCAGCAGAGGGAACGGAUAGACUUUUCUUACAACUAGGUCUUGUACGUGCCAUAACUCUUUUGUUAAGCAAGUAGGGAGGAAUUAGUGAAGCUGAAUCCAAAGAGCAGGAGUCAUAAUAAUGUUUUAAUUGGUGCUCGCGUGAAGAGGCACCAUAUUGCCAGUGUAUUUUGAAUUCAACUAGACAAAGUACCUUGAAAAUUCUACCAAAACAGGUCUUCUAAC